CUUGUAAUUUAGCUUUUUUAUUAGAGUAUUUUAAUUUAUAAGUCUUGGCUGUGACUGGAUCCUCCCUCCGGGUUCUUGUCGUGCGUAUCUGGUGAGAUGAGCAACACUAGUGAAGUCGAAGUUGAAGGUGAAGGUGAAGUGAUCAAGUGCAUGUAAUUGUAGCAGAAGCAAGCAAGCAAGCAACUACUUUCUCUUCUCUCUUCUUCGAAUCUUCUCUGCGUCAAUCCACACCCAAGGGUUUGAAGAGAAAACUCCACCAAAAAAGAUGUGCCUUUCCCGUUCGAUAUAGAUAAAAAUCUAUUUUUGUGUCCAAUGGCGUCUACUCGAAAACCCAGUGGUCAUGGAGCAGAAGUCGAAGCUCAGAAGCGCUUCUCUUCAAAUAGUAAUACUAAGUCAGCCAAAGCCGAGAUACCUGAGCCUCUGCAGUUACACAGAUCAGUCACAAAUUCGGCCGGUGUUGGAGUUCCGGAGAGUAAACGGUUGCCAGAGUCGUUUAGGAAGCGAUCUGGUGAUCCUAAACCGGAUUUUAGCUCCCUAUCCACUGUUCUUGAGCAUGUAGAUUCAUUGACCAUUGAUAGCAAGGACCAGGAAAAGAAAACAUCAGGAUAUGGCAGCGUCAAAACCAGCUCUGCCUCUGCCAAAGUGAGUGAUGGCACGAGCAGCCUUGGCAAGACGAGUGGAAGUGCCAAGCUAAGUGGCCGCCUUGAUUUCAUGGAGAGUGGCAAGAGCAGUAUCUGCAGAGGAAGCACAAGCAGUGAUGUGAGCGAUGAGAGUAGUUGCAGCAGCUUUAGUAGCACUGUCAACAAACCCCAUAAGGCCAACGACUUGAGGUGGGAAGCAAUCCAGGCAGUUCGGGCUCGGGAUGGGCUUUUGGGUCUGAGCCAUUUCAGGCUCCUUAAGAGGCUAGGCUGCGGGGACAUCGGGAGUGUUUAUCUCUCUGAGCUGAGCGGGACAAAGAGUUACUUUGCGAUGAAGGUUAUGGACAAGACAUCUCUUGCUAGCCGCAAGAAGCUUCUCAGGGCUCAGACAGAAAGAGAGAUUCUGCAGUCUUUGGAUCACCCGUUUCUUCCUACCCUCUACACUCACUUUGAGACUGAGAAAUUCUCGUGCUUGGUGAUGGAGUUCUGUCCCGGAGGAGAUUUGCAUACUCUCAGGCAACGCCAGCCAGGGAAGCAUUUUUCCGAGCAAGCGGUAAAGUUUUACAUAGCAGAAUCAUUGCUAGCUUUGGAGUACCUGCACAUGCUGGGGAUUGUGUAUCGAGAUCUUAAGCCUGAAAACGUUCUAGUUCGGGAAGACGGACAUAUAAUGCUCUCUGAUUUUGACUUGUCACUCCGAUGUCUUGUCAGUCCGACUCUUGUGAAAUCUGCCGCCAUCGAGUCAGAUCCAUUACGCAAAAACGUUUACUGUGUGCAGCCUGCUUGCAUUGAGCCCUCUUGCAUCCAACCGUCUUGUACUGUCCCCACCACUUGCUUCUCCCCACGUUUGUUCUCAAGCAAAUCUAAAAAGGACCGCAAAUCCAAGAACGACACUGCAAAUCAAGUUAGGCCAUUGCCAGAGCUUGUAGCUGAACCAACUGAUGCGCGAUCCAUGUCUUUUGUGGGCACGCACGAGUACUUGGCCCCGGAGAUCAUCAAAGGAGAAGGGCAUGGGAGUGCAGUGGAUUGGUGGACUUUUGGGAUAUUUCUGUACGAGCUUCUCUUUGGGAGAACACCUUUUAAAGGCUCGGGAAACCGACAAACACUGUUCAAUGUUGUGGGUCAGCCUCUGCGGUUCCCGGAGACACCUGUGGUGAGUUUCGCAGCCAGAGACCUCAUCCGGGGCCUGCUCAUGAAAGAGCCGCAGCAGCGUCUGGGGUUCAAACGAGGAGCUACUGAGGUUAAGCAGCAUCCCUUCUUCGAAGGUGUGAACUGGGCUUUGAUUCGGUGUGCCACUCCACCAGAAAUCCCGAAGCCUGUUGAGCUGGAGAAGGGACCUGUGAAUGUUGCAGAGGCACCAUCGAGCCAGAAGACAGCAGCAGGUUUGAUUCUGAAUGCUCAGAAAGGUUCUGACAACUAUUUGGAAUUUGAUUUCUUCUAGCGUUAAGGUUAGACAUAUGGUGGUACUCUAUUCUUCCUUAAAAGACCAUGUGGUGAAAGAUGUUCAAGUGUUAUGCACUUGUAAUGUUUGUUUUCUCUAUGCAAUAGCUGCUGUAGUUUAUAAACUGUUGUAACUCUUUCAUAACCAAAUAGUGUUUUUUUAUCAAGAGUUCUUUUUUA